AAUACCGUAUGACAGUUUAGGCGAUCAUCUUUAAAUCAGCACUGUAUCGGAGCAAAGAAAUAAACAUGAAAUUAAAAUUUCUAAUUAUAUUCUUCAUGGCAGUCCUUGCAUUAGCAUCAGCUAGUAAUGAUGAAACCACCACUGUAGGUACAAAGGAUUCUGAUGAUAAAACUGAAACUAGCACAGAUUCCAAUACCACUGAAGCCUCUAAGGAAACGACCACCAAAACUCCAACAGAUACUGAUACCACUGAAUCUUCUGGUGAUGAUAAAACAACAACUAAAUCUCCAAACGAUUCUGAGACCACUGAAUCCUCAACUAAUGAUAAUACAACAGCCAAAACUCCAACAGAUACUGAUACUACUGAAGCUUCUAAAGAUGAUGAUACAACAACCAAAGCUCCAACACAUACUGAUACUACAGAAUCUUCUAAAGAUGAUGAAACAACAACCAAAGCUCCAACACAUACUAAUACCACUGAAUCUGCUACUGAUGCUCCAAGCGCCACUCCUGCACCGCCAUCGUUUGACGAUAAUGUAGAUACUGCCACCGAUAAUUUACUAGGUAUCAAUUGUAUGAUCCAAGCCGUCUAUACUAUAGCUGAUAAUGCUCCUGAUUUCCAAUAUGAUAUUAGUUUAUGCGGUUCAGCAAUACAAACUUCUGCUGCUGAUGUAUUGAAUAAAGUAAACGAACUUCAAACUCGUGCCUCCAAAGCUAUACAAGCCAAUAAUAAAACGUGUAAAAAUGCCAAUUUUAAUCAAAACUCUGAUUCCUCAAAAACACCUUCCGAUAAAUGCGUAACAAAAAUUAAAAAUACCAUGGAAAAGCUGAAUGAUACGGUAGACAAAACUCUUACAAAUGUUAAUAAUUUAUUUAACAAAACCAGCAAUUUUUGCGCAAAGAUGGCUCUCUUGAGAUUCAGAUUGACUCUGAAUAAUUUCAAUGCCAUGAUUCAAGAAUGUGCUAAAGUUGCAGGCGCAUAAAUAUUAUAAAUUAUAGAAUAAAAAAAAUAAAGUUUGAAGAUUUACAAUGAA